CGCGGGUGAGGCUGUGUUGGGGCAUUUCUAAAUCAGCUAAAAUGGUUUUAAAGAAGAAGAAGGAAAUUCAGGUGGAUGCAUUCUUUCUUGAUCAUCAUCAGCUUGAAAAACUGCAGAGGUUUUCAAAGGCUGAAGAGCAAAAUCUGGCAUCUCUGCUUCUGCACUGUGCAGAGCUGAGAAAUGGUAUCCAGCAGAUCCAGUGUAUUAAACAGAUUAUGCCAUUGGUGAAGCAAAUGUAUCAGAACUCUGCAGGUGAUCCCAUGGUUAAAGCUUGUUUGGAUGUUUUGGGAGAGAUAUAUUUUUCCUUGGGUGUGAAGAAUCCUUUGAAGAAAGUAUUAGCAAGCUCACUGAAUGGUCUUCCUGGACAUUUGAUGGUGCCAGCUGUGCAAAGCUUUGUGUGCUGCCUUCGGGAAGAGCUGAAAACCACAGAUGUUUAUUUGUACAGAAAAGUGCUGGACAACCUUGCUUCCUGUAUGGAGGACUUCAGCUUAGGUAGAGCCUGUAUUAAGAACCUGUUUGAAGAAGUUCUUCAGUUUCUGCAAAAGUUGCUGCUUGACAUACAGGAGGAAAACAGAAAGAAUCAUGGAAAUCGUAUCGUUCAGACCCAGCUGAUGCAUGAUUUACUGAUAGCCAUUAAAGUUUCAAUGAUGCUUAUACAGAAAUUGCAAGAAAAUAUCCAGGGAAGUCUUUGGAAACACAGUGAAUCUUUUGUUUGGCAAAGUAUGUGUAGUUUACUGAAAAGUUGCACAAAUUUCCUAAUGGAUGCAACGCUCCUGCAGACUGUUCAGACUACCUCAGGACUGGCUGUUAUUCUCUUCACCAGAGCUAUGUAUGAGCCGGUUGAGGAAUUACCUUCAUUGAUCAGUGACUUGCUCCUUGGGACAACAGAACACUUAGCUGUGCCAGCGUGGUUCGUGAGAAACUGUGGGGUUCUGUGCACAGCAGAACUCCCAGACUCGGUCCUGCUCUUCCUUUGCCAUGGAGCACUGGCUAUGCUGGAUUGGAAAAGUGGCAGCAUGGGUGAAAAUGGAGAGAAACUAUUACUAGAUAUUGCAUCAGUCUUGUUGUCAUUGAGUUCAGAGUUAAAAGAAUCCAGUGUGGCAACAUCUUUGUCUAGAAUCCUUGCUAUUUGGACUAAUUCAGCAUUGGCUGCCCUUGUUUCAGGCUCUCUAAAUCUAAAAAUCAAACUUAAUGGGAACUCUGAUAUAAUUGGGAAGCUGCUGGAAUACAUUUAUACACACUGGGACCACCCUCUGGAUGCCAUCAGACACCAAACCAAAUUGAUUUUCAAGAAUCUUCUUCAGAUACACCAAACCACCAUUGCUGGAUCCAAUGGAAAAUCAGACCCAUUCUUUGCAACGUUGAUAAAGCAUUUACUUAGCUUGGAUUGGCAUGUGAAAGGGAAAUAUGCUUCUCUUGGCUGUCUGGUGGAAUGUGUGGGCACUGAAAAUAUACUGCAGUUGGACAGAACAAUUCCAGUGCAAAUCCUGGAUGUGAUGAGUGAUCAGUCUCUUGCACCUUACGCUAGUGAUCUUCUGGAAACUAUGUUUACAAAUCACAGGGCCCAUUUUACUUCGAGUUUUCAGGAAGGCACCUGGAUUGACCAGUGGCACAACAUCUGGGUUUCUCCUCUUCUGGUAAUACUGUGUGAAGGGAACCAUGACCAAACUACUUAUAUAAUAGAUUACUAUUUACCAAAAUUGCUCAAAUGUAAUCCUGACAGUCUGAGCUACAUGAUAAGAAUUCUUCAGGCCUCUGCAGAUGCUAAUCUGGGCUCUUGCAGUACUAGAGGAGCUCUUGGAGCACUGAUGGCAUGCUUGAGAACAGCCAGGGCCCAUGGACAUCUGGAACUUUCAAAUAUCAUGAGCAGUGGUCUUGUAUCCACUGAGUGUAUAAAACAGGGUCUAGUUCAUCAGCACAGCCAGGUUUGCAUUGAUGCUUUAGGUUUACUCUGUGAAACCCAUCGCACUACAGAAAUUGUGUCUCUGGAAGAAAUGCAACUAAUUCAAUUUUUUAUGAUGUACAACUUGAACAACCAGUCUCCUUCAGUAAGGCAACAGAUCGUUUCUCUUCUGAGAAAGUUAUUUUGCAGGAUACAAGAAAGUUCUCAAGUGCUUUAUAAAUUGGAGCAAAAUAAAACCAAGCAAGAGUUAGUUGAGAAGUCAACUAAAAUGCCUCCUUUGAGCAUUUUGCAGCAAUACAAAGAUUUCAUGUCAUCUGUAUGUGCCAGACUUUUUGAGGUAUUGUUUCCUGGUUCAUCACACCCAACCAGGUUUUGUGCACUAAGUAUUUUGGAAUCAAUAGCGGAAAUAUUUUCUGUUCCAAAAGGCCAGGCACAAGUUUUCCAGUUACAUCAGGAAAUUCAUUCUGCUCGUGUCCAAACUCUGAUCCAGUGUUUUGCCAGUACUUUUGAGGAAGUAAAAAUUCUGGCAUUUAGACUUCUGAUGAAACUACGUGAUGUUGCAUUGAAUUUACAGGAUUCUGAAAAUCUCAAUCUUCUAUUCCAAGCAGCAAUUGAUCUUAGCACAAGCACCAAGCCAUAUGAUUGUGUCACUGCUUCAUAUUUGUUGAACUUUUUAGUAUAUCACAAAGGACUGCAGCACAUUUGUUUAGGAAAAUGGCUUGAGCAUAACCCCCAGCUGGAUGAAAACACAUCAGUGAGUACAGUGGAGAAGAACACUUUGGCAGUUAUCAAGCUUUUGUUGGUGAAUGUUGAAGAAGAAAUAUUCCAAGCCAAGAAGUCUCUGCUUCAAGCAGCAGCAUCAUUCCCCAUGUAUGGGAGAGUGCACUGUAUAAAUGGGGCUUUGCAGCAAUUACCCUUCAAUAACUUGACACUGGUGUCUGAAUGGAAGGAAAUAGUGACCAGGCUCAUUCUGAUGUCAUACAGCCUCUCUGCUGUGGUAUCACCAGUAGUACAGAGCUCAUCACCAGAGGGUCUUAUUCCAAUGGACAGUGAUCCAGAAAGUGCAGAUCGCCUGCAGGUGAUUCUGCAUGAGAUACAACCACAGGACACAAAUGAUUAUUUUAUGCAAGCAAAAAUUCUGAAAGAACACUGCAAAGAAGGAUCUGAAAAGCUAGCUGACCAGAGCACAACGAAAAAUAUUUGCAUGGAAAUGAGAGGCAAAGACAGGCAAGUGUGUGAUGUCACAGCUCAAAUGGUUCUUGUAUGUUGCUGGAGAAGCAUGAAGGAAGUAUCUCUGCUCUUAGGGACACUGUGUAAACUUUUGCCUUCACAGACGACAUCUGAACCUUCAGAGGGAUUGAUUACUGUAGAACAGGUUAAAAAUAUUGGUGAUUACUUUAAACAUCAUCUGCUGCAAUCAAGACACAGGGGUGCAUUUGAAUUGGCAUAUGCUGGCUUCGUGCAACUUACAGAAAUGCUUUCCAGAUGUAACAGUGAGAGUCUGCACAAGAUGCCAGAGCACUGGCUAAGCUGUGUGUUAGAAGAAAUCAAAUCUUGUGAUCCUUCUUCCACACUGUGUGCAACCCGACGGAGUGCAGGAAUUCCAUUCUACAUACAGGCUUUGUUGGCAUCAGAACCAAAGAAGGGCAAAACAGAUUUGCUGAAAAUGGCAAUGAAAGAAUUGAUAUCUCUGGCUGCACCUUUGAAUGAAUCUUUAAGUGUAAUUCCACAGGUUCAUGCUUUAAAUAUCCUCCGGGCACUGUAUAGGGAUACACGUUUAGGUGAAAACAUCAUGCCUUAUGUUGCAGAUGGAAUAAAAGCAUCAAUUCUAGGGUUUAUGUCACCUGUCUGGGCAGUACGAAAUUCAUCUACACUUCUUUUUAGUGCUCUGAUUACAAGAAUUUUUGGAGUUAAAAGAGGGAAAGAUGAAAAUUGCAAAAAAAAUAGAAUGACAGGAAGGGAGUUUUUCUCUCGGUUUCCAAGUCUUUAUCCUUUCCUUCUCAAGCAGUUAGAGCUUGUAACCAGCACUUUGAACAGUGAAACUGAAGAGUUGAAAAUCCAUCCAAGCCUGUUUCUUUUGCUCUUAAUCCUGGGAAGGCUGUAUCCAUCUCCAAUGGAUGGCUCUCACUCAGCGCUCAGCACAGCACCAUUUGUCCCCUUUGUUAUAAGGUGUGGGCACUCCCCCGUGUACCGCUGCCGGGAGAUGUCAGGCCGGGCCCUCGUUCCCUUCGUUAUGGCCAACGAGGUUCCGCACACGCUGCUGGCCCUGCUGCGGGGACUCCCAGACUCUGCCACUCAUGGCAUGCGACAGAACAGUGUUCAUGGAACCCUACUGCAAGUUUUUCACUUGCUGCAGUCGUACCUAGAAUCAAACCAGUUUGUUAGUUUGGACUUCCAGCAGGGACUGUAUGACAUCAUUACCUGUAUGGGAAGCAAGCUGUGGCUGGCUCAAAGGCUAAAUCCUUGUUUGGUGACCAGAGCUGCCUAUCUUGAUGUCCUUGUGAUGUUGAGUACUCACCUGGGGAAGUUUCAAAAGCCAGGAAUGCAAUUGCUUGACUUCUGGGAAGCGAUGAAAAGAGUCAUUUCAGAUUCUGAAUUGGUGUCUGGUAUUCCCUACUCAUCUGCAGUACCAGGACUGAUACAAUAUCUCCAGAGCAUCACCAAACUUGUAAUAUCAGUGCUGUCAGUGGCUGCAGGUCCUGACAUCCAGAGCUGUGGUUCAGCUGCUGCAAAGGAAAUGGCCAAGCCCUCACUGUCAGUAGCUCAUCUCCUGCACUGUGAGUUCCAUGAAGUGCGUCUGCUGGCAUUGGAAGCAAUACUGCUGUGCCUGAAACAAAGAAAUUCCAAGCAGAUUGCAGAAGGAAGAGGAGGUGUAUUAUGUUUACCCACUGAUUUGGAAGACACUCUUCUCACAAUGGCUCUGAAGGAAACAAAUCCCCAGUGUUUUUGCAAGGUGCUGGAAAUUCUUUAUAAUAUGGAUCUCAGAAAUUUGCUUCCAAAGACUGAAUGCUCUAUAAAAAUGAAUCCAAAUGAGCUCUUAACCUGGAGUUUAAACCUUGCAGAUAUCUCCAGCAGCCCUGAAGGUCAAACCGUAGCUCUCAAAUUUGCCUCCAAAUUAAUUAUCCACCUUUUGCAGAGCCAUCAGCAGAUUUCAGAAGAAGUCUUGAAAAAAUGGGUUCAGCUGAUAGUGUAUUUUUGUGAAGAUGAGCAAGAGACAGAGAUGCUUUUAGCAGCUGCUGAAGUUCUUAAAAGUAUAACAUCAUUCCUUCUGAGCAGUGAGAAGCUCAUUCUUGGACUGUCUGAUACCCUGGGUCUGUGGAAAUGUGUGAUUGUACUGCUGCAGAAUGAAGACUUGGUGGUAAGGGAUGCUGCUGCUGAAGUGAUACAAGUGGCACAGUCGGAAAAAAAGAGCAAUGAAGGAGAGUUUGCAUUUAGGAUAGUGAAUGCUCCAAUGGCCCUGGAUUUAGCCUUUGGCAUAGUGUGUGAGCUGCUGCAGCAGUGGGGGGAGAUCCAUGCCGGUGUCCCAAUCCUGCUGGAGUGGCUUUUGGGAGACAGCGACCUGCAAAGAAAUGGGGAGACUUCUGCCCUGGAAGAAGAUGAUUCCCUGUUUGAUAAAGGGGAAGUGAAUUUUUGGGCAGAGAAGCUGACUCAUGUGAGACAACUGAGUAAGCACCUUUUACAUCUUGUAUCAGUGACUCACCUCACCUUACCAGAUCAUGGGGAACUUAAUCAUCUAUCAAGAAUAGCACUGGACCAAGCCCACCGCAUUGAACAGCUUCUUGGAGCUCUACCUCAGCUUCCAGAGUUUUCCAGAACUCCAGAAUUCACAAGAUUGGCUAUUCAAAAGGAGAGAAUAUCAGUCUGUCUUAAAAUAUUAAAUCUGCUGAAGCCUGAUGACACUUGCAAAAAUGAAAUUCUGGAAAAGUAAAUGACUAAAACUUCAUCCUCAGGGAGCUGCACACAUUACUGGAUGGGCAGGGAGACUGUAUUCUGGUAAUGUUCAAGGAAUCAGGGAUUGCUGUGAUGACUUCAGGAAACCUGCAGUACCUUCAGUAUUCAGGCUAGAACUACAUUUUUUUGUAUUGAUUAAUUGUGCAUUGAUAUAUUUUUUAUGGGACAUGCAGUGGAAGACUUUUCCUUUUAAACGCAUUUGCUAAUUUCAUUCAGAUGAGCAUUGUUUAUUACAGCUACUGUAGGAAGUAAAGCAGCUAAACUUAAUAUUUUCCAUUCAUCCAGGUGCAGGCCACCUGUAGUUCUGUUAUGUUUUGUUCCACGUUUUUACCUCCUGUAUCUUAAUACCAAGAAAAAGGGGGGGGUUUUGUCUCAUUUCAAGAUUUAGCAUGUAACUUAUGAAAUAAAUAUGCUUUUUAAAAAACCUUUAAACGUUUCUAAUAGAAAAACCGUGACUUUUUUGUUAAUGGGAAUUUUUAGAGUAUAUUUUAAAUUUUACUGCAUUUUGCUCUGGAGGAAGACAAGGAUUUUCACUUUGGUAGUAACCCUGUUUUGCACAUUGAAACAGCAUUAGUUAGAUUUCUGCACGCCUCUUUUCUCCUUUAAAUGAAGUAACUACUUUCAUAAAAUGGCUCUAAAAUGAAGACUUGCUGUGUUCAAAACGAAGCAGCUGUUCCAUUGCAAACGGAACAGUUUCAUCUUUACUUCCACCACCUUGCCCUGCAAGCAGGCCUGGCAAGCGAGGUCCUGCCGAGGAGCGUCAGGGCCCUCGGGAGGUACCAGAGGUGUUUGUGCACUGCAGCCCUCGCUUCUGCGAGAUGCUCUCACCAGGUGGGGCAGCUCUAGGGACUAUUCUGACUGCUCCAGGGUCUUGCUGAGUCUAAAAUACAAAAAAGCUCGUUGCGCAUUGAAUGUUUUUUUUCCUGCGAACUGGAAUUGGGUUUCCAUAUAAAAAUGAGACAUUAAAAAUAAAUGGUGAUGUGGAAAGGUUGUGUUACCUUCCCAUAGCCGAGGGCUGCGACUGGACGUGUGGCUGCGGGGUGGCUGGGCCCGCCACAACACGGAUGUGCGGCCCUGUACGCCUUCAUUUCUGUGUCCUUGGAAGAAGAACAUGUCCGAUGAACGCCUGGUUGCUUUCAGCCUCUUCACCUGAUGGCGUCAGAGCGCAGUUUAGCCCCCAAUCCCGGUGCCGCCCGGGUGCCGCCCGAGCGCUCGUCCCGCGGCCGGGCGCGGCUCGGCGGGUGCGCUGCGCGGCCGCCAGGUGGCGCCACAGCACCGCCGCGCACGGGCCGGGCCCGCGCUCCCGCCGGAACGGGAUCGGGAUCGGGAUCGGGAUCGGGAUCGGGAUCGGGAUCGGGAUCGGGAUCAGCCAGGGCAGGGUAAGGCUUGGGCUGGCGCUUCUCGCAGUGCUGGGCGCUGCGGUGCCCCACAGCCGAUCGCUGCUCUCUUGAGUUUAAAUACUCUGCUGUAAAUAGAGCUAAGCUGCUGAGUUGGGUCCAGUGGACAUCAACGCUGCACAAAGUCACCACUUAAAAAAACCCAACAAACAGAACUUAGGAAUAAAAGUUUAGUAUUUGCUCUGGUUCCAGGAUUCAGGGUUACUUAUAUAAGAAGUAAUUUUAUGGCAAAACUUGAGGCUUCAACAGGCAAAAGAGAAAUGUUGGAAUCCGAAAUGAUGUUUCACAGAAUGCUUGCUGUCCAGCUCAACAAGCCAUGCUGUGAGUUAGGCUGAAAAUUAAUUUGCAUGCAUCUGGUUUGAGCUCCUGGGGAAAGAAUAGCCCAGAUUGUGUCUGGAAGCCACUCUUAAAAAAAUAGUCAAGACCUGUACAAUUAAUUAGCAGCUGCUGAUUCUGCCACAUCUUUCCAUCAUUUCUGAACUAGUGUGGCAACAGCUUCUAUAGCAGGAGACAAAAAGAACUUUUUUAUGUAUCAAAAGUUCUGAGACCUUGCUCAUGUCAGUGGGUAGCAUAAGACUGUGUAGCAACAUUGGCUUCUUUUAUAAUUGGGUAGAAUUUAAAAGGCAUAUGCAUAUACAUUUGAUACUGGCAAGUCGAUACAUGCAGACAGGUGACUGCAGACAGUAAUAGACCCACAGUGACCAUAAAACUUGGUGAAGCCUUGAGGACUUGGUUAAUCAGUUACCAAAGAGCUCGAAAACCCGGUCUUCCUUAUUGUGGUUUUAAGAUGCAACUGGAACCUCUGUCAUCCUGCUUGAGUUUAUAAGAGAGCAACCAAGAACUGUAUCGGUGCACAUACAUUUCACCACACCGUGCUGAUGAUGGGUUACUGUGUAACUAGUAAAUGAAGAACCUUUAGACCCUAAGGAGCGAUUGCAGGAGAAUGUUAGCAAAACCUGAUGCCGGAGCACUUAUCGGCCGUGUGUUUGAUCAAAGUCAGUUUAUCAAAGUAUUCCUCCCAACGGCGUUGACACAUUGAUCCGUGCAUGAUUGUCACAGUAAACUGUUCCCUUGGUUGUCUGGCGGGCAGGAUCAGCUCCGAGGUGAUGUUUCCAUCGCAGAGUUGUGUGGGAGGAGGAAGAGUUUGAACUCGGGUCAGUGCGGAGGCGACUCCGACCGGCCCCGGAGAAGGUUAUGGGAAGCGAUACGCGCUACGGCUGCAGCCCCGCGUUCCGGCGGCUCCCCGUGUGCGGGGCAGCGCCUGUCGUCGGGACGGGAGCUGCGGCCCCCGGCAGGGCGGGAGGAGGGGAAGGAGCAGGAACGUGGGAUGUGUCCCGGCACCGCGGGGCGCAGGAGCCGGCGGCCGCUGGGGGGCGGCACGUCCCCGCCGGCCGCGCGGGCAGCGGGAGGGGCCGGGAGCGGGGCCGGGAGCGGGGCCCGGAGCCUGCCCGGCCGAGCCCGGCAGCGCUCGCCGAGCGGCGGACGGGCCCCAGGGGACUGCCGAGACGCGGGAGGGAGCGACGUUUGGGCUUUCCGCCGCCCAGCCCCUCGUCUUUCCCGGGAGAUUUCGAUCUCCGUUUCCGGGCUCGUCCGGCCGUGGGUGACGGCUCACGGGCGGUGCCAGGGUCCGGGCAGGGUCCCGCCCGCAGCCUCCCUCCCGCAGCGGCGGGAGGGGGAGGGCGAUGGGGAGGAAGUAAAGGAGGGCGUGAGCCGCUGGGCAGCGGGGGGCGAGCGGCUCUGGUGACACCCCCGCCCCCCAGCCCGAGGUUCCUUUCCUUUGCAAAUGUGUUUGCACAGCGCCGCGCUCCUGCUGACGUGGUCGGGUUUGCUCCCUUGGAGCGCGCGGGACUGCCAUCCCGGCUCGGAAGCUAAAGAGGAUCAAACGCCUCUGCUGGCUUUAGCAGCCAUAAAACUUUACACGUCCGUC